UAUCUGGCCUCUGGGGUGUCCAAUUUUGGGAGCGCUUCCGCAAAAUCUCUGCAACCACUGAACCAGUAGAGAAGAAAGGGAAGAAACCAUCGAGCUCUAUCUCCAAAUCUCUGUUAGCGGACACUGAACCCAAGUAAACUCGAAAGAAAUACACAAAAAUUCAAGGUAAGAAACUCUACGAGAAGCUCUCAUGGCGUUCAUUUCUAGUGAGCGAGCUUAUUAAUCAUGGUCUCUUUUAUCUGAAAAAGAAAAUCUUCAUCAAUCACCCUAUUUCUCAUCAAGCUAACCAUGACCCAUUCGCAUAAACGUAGAACACUGUCUAUGCUCAAAUGGGUUUCCUCAAAUUUUGUUGAUAGCCUCGAAACCCCACAAUGGCCUAUGGGGUCUUUAUUUUGCACUGCUAACAAUCCUAGGUUCUAUGGUAGAAAAAGAAUAGUUCGAAAUGAAAAUGGUGAUAAUGUGGCUAAUGCUUCGUUAGACAAUGGCCAAAGCACUGCCAAUUUCUCUCGGGCGACUAGAAAAGCAGCGCAGUCUGCAUUAUUAGAGUAUUUGCAUCUCACCAGAAACAUUCCUUUUAUGGAUGCACAGGAUAUGAGUUUAAACUCUCCUCACUUUCUAGGAAACCUGUUACAGAAGGUUGAUAUUGAUACAGAUAUUUGGGGGUCUGUUGCCCGUUUCUUGCGGUAUCAUCCCAUUAAUGAAUUUGAACCUUUCUUUGAGAGUCUGGGUUUAAAACCUUAUGAGUAUACUCCUCUUCUUCCCCGUGAUUUGAUGUUUAUAAAAGACGAUGACUUAAUGCUUGAGAAUUUUCAUGUUCUGUGUGAUUAUGGGAUUCCAAGAAAUAAGAUAGGAAGGAUCUACAAGGAGGCAAUGCAAAUUUUUCGGUAUAAUCAUGGUGUAUUGGGAUUGAAACUUCAAGCUUACCAACAAUUGGGGCUUAGCCAGUCUUUUGUCGGUAAGGUGGUUGCUUGUAGCCCUUAUCUUUUGAUUGGGGAUGUGAAUAUAGACUUUAUGAAGGUAUUGGAAAUAUUGAGGAAAGGAGGAAUUGAGUUAAGUUGGAUCGAGGGGCAGCUGUUGGAGAACAGAUAUAACUGGAGCCAGAUGCUGUCACUUCUGAACUUAUUUAUCAAGAUAGGUUACAGCGAGGAACAAUUAGGGGGUGUGAUAAGCCAGCAUCCAGGAAUUAUAUUUGAGGGCUCAGGCUAUAAAACACUAUCCCUGAUUGGGUUCUUGUUCAAAUUUGGAUCCUCAAUGGACCAGAUAUGUUCCAUUUUUCUACAUUUCUCUCACAUGCAAAUUGGGAAAUUUGUUUCGAAUUUGAGGCGAUGCUUUUUGUUUCUAACAGAGAUUGAGAUGGACAUGAAUGAGAUUGGGAAAAUUGUUCGUUCCCACCCACUAUCAUUGGGCUCAUGCGCGUUGAAGAAAACCAAUACCAUACUUUGUAGUUUGAAUGUUGGGAAGAAGAGAGUUCGCAAAAUCAUUCAGGAGAACCCACAAGAAAUGAUGAAAUGGGUAAUGGGAUCAAGAAUUGAACAAAUACCAAGCUCAGGGGAGGAAUCAAGAAUGCUGAAGCUUAAAUUCUUGUUGGAUAUGGGAUUGGUAGAGAACCCAAACAAAAUGGAAAAUGCACUGAAGGUAUAUCGAGGCAGAGGAACAGAACUACAGGAGAGAUUUGAUUGCAUCAUGAAAGCUGGUGUAGAUAGGAAGGAUGUCUGUGAAAUGAUCAAAUUAUCCCCUCAAAUUCUUAACCAGACAAAGGAAGUUAUUGAAAAUAAGAUUGAUUUUCUUGUAAAUGAUUUGGGAUAUCCAGUAUCAUGCUUAGUCAACUUCCCAUCAUAUCUUUCCUAUACGAGACAAAGGGUUGAACUUCGGUUAGCAAUGUAUAACUGGCUCAAAGAGCAAGGAAGUUUUGAUUCCCUACUCGCCUUGAGCACUAUAGUUGCAUGCACAGAAAAUUAUUUUAUUAGAGAAUAUGUAAACCAACAUCCUAGAGGCCUUGAAGUGUGGCAAGAUUUGAAAGAAAAACUUUGUUCUUGAUAGAAGCUACCAGUGUAGAUUAACUUGUUCAUCCAUGGACUUCUCUUUCUUUAUAGGUGUGGAAUUCUUUGAUUCUGUUGCAUCUCCAGGCUAGGAAAGCGAAUUUGUUUAUAAUAGUAUAUCCUUCUCUGCAUGUUGAAGCCAUUUUGGCCAAUCCUAGAUAGUAGAAGGUUGAGCAUAUGAAGCAAAGGAGAUUUAAGAGCAGGUAACAUUUUCUAUACAGUGUCUGAGCAUUUGGCAUUCCCUCAGAAAUGGAUGGGUUUUAUCAUGCUUCUAGCCUUGUAUUAUCUCAUUUCUGCUUUUAAUCUUCUUCAUUAUAGCAGUGACAGUGACACUAUGUUUUGUGCCAAAUGCAACUGUCGGAUUCCCAUAGAUGGAUUGAACUUGAUUUUUGACAACAUCCAACUUGAAACCUGUCUUCUGUUUGAGAUUUAUAUCGUUCUCUCUUGUCAUGCAUGACAUUUUAACUUGCUA